AUGUUGACUCGACUUGAAACAGGACUGCUCACGUGUUUUGCAUCUGCUACUACCAGAUGGCCAGCUAUUGUCACAGGUGUAAUUGAUGAUUUACACACCAGUAUUGGUGAGUUGGAUUCUUCAAAGCAAGAAGACAAGAUUGCUGAAGGUAAAAAGAUUCUUGAGCAAGUGGUCAGUUUGAAGCAUGAGCUCCAGCAUGAUCGGUCUAUUGAGCCCCUGCCAACUGCUGGUGUAGCAUCUGAUUGUAAAUCUUACAAUGAAGAGCUGAGUGCUAUUGGUCCAUUGACUUGGCAAUCAGCUCCUUGGCUUUAUUCUGAAUGCUACCUAUAUAGAAAACUGUACACAUUUUUCGAAUUGUCACAGCACUGGAAGUCCUAUGACAUUUUCGCCCGUCAAAAGAUCGAGACUUUCCAGAAAUCAGCAAGUGCCGUGGCCGAGCUGGCUCUUCGUUACAAGGCUCUGGCCGAACAGUUGAAAGCACAUCAUACCAAUGCUGACUCUGAAGCUAUUCAAGUGCUGUUUUCCGAGUUCACCGAUAUCUCUCUGUGGGGCAAUGCUACAGACUUGUCAUUACUCGUUACUGUUUCGUUAGAAGAGAUCCAGAAAUUGCAAGGAGCAGAGGUCCGUAAACAAAACUCCAAAAACAUUCUCGCCAAUGAUCUCCCUGCUGCCUGGGAAGCUAUCAGCAGUGAAAAAGGCGGACGAGUCGACUUUGUGCUUGACAACUCUGGUUUCGAACUGUACACCGAUUUGGUAUUUGCUCUCUUUUUACUCGAUUCUGGACUGGCUGAUACUAUUGUACUUCACCCCAAAUCACUGCCAUGGUUUGUUUCUGACGUGCUUCCCCACGAUAUUCUACAGCUCUUCAACCUUUUACAAGACACUGAAGCGUUCCCUGAUCAUCGUGCUGACAUCGACUAUCUCGUUGAAAAGCUGAUCCACUAUCACAGCGAGGGUCAACUGGUGAUCCGAACAUCCAGUUUCUGGACCACUUAUGCUCCAUUCUGGGAUAUCACCGAGAAAGAAGACCCCUGUGGCGGCCAUCUUGUAUGGGAAGAUCUUAAGGACUCGAAACUUGUCAUUUUCAAGGGCGAUCUCAACUACCGUAAACUGGUUGGCGAUAUUAUGUGGCCACGAACCACGCCAUUCCUGACUGCCAUUCAAGACCUAGCCAGUUCGGGUCUGCGAGUACUAACACUCCGAACCAUCAAAGCCGAUGUGGUAGCUGGACUCGCCGAAAACAGAGAACAAGAACUCGAAAAAGAAUGGGCUGCCCUUGGCAACUCGAACCCCCUAGGCUGGGCCUACAGCGGCAAGUACGCCUUGAUCCAGUACUCGAGCGGUGAAAAUUAA